CACGUCCAAUGUUUACGUUUUUAAUUGUUAAUUUUUCUUCGAAUUAAAAAUCCAAAUUUUAUUGAAUAAGGCUUAAUUAUAGCUUAUUUCAUAAUGUCUAAGAACAGCACAAUAAGCCAGUUGUAUCUCAACAUAAAUGAGCUAGAAAGAGUAGAAAUGGGCGAGAAAAUCAUCAUUUAUCAGCCGUACGACGAAGUUCAGAUACUAUUGGCAGAAAAUGCAAGCUGUUUGGCUGUAAAGACUUAUUUAAAGAUGCUUGGCAGAGACUUUGUGGUAAAGUCAUGCACGAAUGCUGAAUUUAUGGCACCAGGCAAGCGAACAAAAUUACCAGUAGUUCAGAUUGGAGCAUUUCUAGCAGCUGAGUUUGACCCAAUUAUUAAUCUUUUUGAGCAUAAGAAAAUGUCGCUUACAGAAAACUUUAAUGCUGAUGAUAAGGACGAUUUAGUGACAUACUUGAGCCUUGUUGACAUGAUUCUAACGAAUGCUGAGUUAUAUAUAACUUGGUGCGAUAACACGGUCUUGAAUGAAAUUACAAAAAAGAGAAAUGGCUCAGUUUAUCCAUUUCCAUUAAAUUAUAUCCAAAACUUCCGUAAACGAUCAGCAGUGUUGAAACAACUAAGCUUUUAUGACUAUAAGAACUUAACAUUUGAGGAAGUUGUUGAUAAAGUCGACAAACUUUGCUCGACAUUGGUUCUUAAAUUGGGCGAUAAAGAUUAUUUCUUUGGAGAAAACCCAACAGAAUUAGAUGCAAUGGUUUUUGGACAUUUCUUCUGCAUUUUUACAAUGGAACUGCCAACCAGUGUUUCACUGCUAAAAGAAACGAUCAAUAAGUAUACUCAACUUACACAGUUCUGUGGGCGCAUAGAAAAGAAAUAUUUUGGAAAAAUUAAGAAUUAAAUAAUGACACAAAUGGCCUAUAGUAUUUGAGUAAUUGCUACCUAUACACAUGGUAUGCAACUGAAAUAAAUUCCCUUAAAUAAAAAACAAUAUCUUGAAUUCUUUAAUUUGAUUGUUUUCCAAAAUAUUAUCAAGACUGUAAAAAAUAUUAAUUAUGGUCGGUUUAUAGCUUAAAGCACAUGCA